AUGGCGUCAGAAAAGGAAGAAGGAUCAAGCGGUGUUGGAGAGGCCUUACUGGAUCAGAUCAAGAAGAUGUUGGUGGAGGAGCUUGAUCGGAGAGAUCAGGUCAAACAAGGCAAGCGAAAGGAGACUAAGGAUCCAAUACAUGUUUCGGAUGGAGAAAGGAGGAAUGAUCCCAUGGCGUCUCAUGGACUCGGUGAUGAUCAGGCUCAUGCCUACUAUGGUAGCGGUCAUUCAUCUCACUCUAGCCAGCGCCGAUCUAGAAGGCCACGAGAUGAACCAGAUCGUAUGAUGGAAAACUUGGGAGGUUACAAAAUGAAGAUUCCACUGUUCCAUGGCCGGAGCAAUCCAGACGAGUACAUGGACUGGGAGAAGAAGUGUGAGUUCAAUUUCAACUUACACAACAUCAUUGGCGCCAACCGAGUCAAGUUAGCCGUGUCAGAAUUCAAUGACUAUGCACUGAGGUGGUGGGAACAAAUCGUGUUGGCACGAGAGAUUGGUGGCGCUUUUGAGGUCACCACUUGGGAAGAAAAGAAGAGAAUCAUGAGGCAACGGUUUGUCCCUGGCCAUUACCAACGCGAGUUACAUUCUAAGCUGAGGAAACUCACCCAAGGCACCAAGACUGUGGAGGAGUAUUAUCAAGAAAUGGAGGUUAUGCUCUUGCGCGCCAAUGUGAUUGAAGAUCGCGAGGCCACUAUGUCUCGGUUUCUUGGAGGCUUAAACCGUGAGAUACAAGAUAUCGUGGAGAUGCAAAAUUGUGUGGCCUUGGAGUCAAUGUUCCACAAGGCUGUUCUGGCCGAGACACAAUUGAAGAGGAGAUGCUCCACUCGAUUCAACACUGAACCCGCAAAAGGACAUGGGAAGGAUUCCAUUUUUGUGAUUGUGGAUAGAUUUUCUAAGAUGGCUCAUUUUGUUGCAUGCAAUAAAACUGAUGAUGCAUCUCAUGUUGCUGCAUUGUUCUUUAAAGAUGUCAUUAGAUUGCAUGGCAUGCCGCGCACCAUUGUUUCUGAUCGUGACACUAAGUUCCUUAGUUACUUUUGGAAAACCUUGUGGUCUAAGUUAGGGACUAAGCUUUUAUUUUCCACCACUUGUCAUCCCCAAACUGAUGGUCAAACUGAGGUUGUAAACCGGACUUUAGGAACCUUGUUGCGUGUGCUGCUUAAAAAGAAUCUUAAGAAUUGGGAUGAUUGCUUGCCUCAUAUAGAAUUUGCUUAUAAUCAUUCUGUGCAUUCAGCAUCUAAGUUCUCUCCUUUUGAAAUUGUUUAUGGGUUUAAACCCCUGUCACCUUUGGAUUUAAUGCCUCUGCCUUUGAGUGAAAGAUUGAGUGCAGAUGGACAGAAGAGAGCUGAGAUGGUGAAGAAGAUACAUGAGCAGGCAAAGAACAUUGAGGAAAAGACAAGGCAGUACCAAGAAGGCCAACAAGGGACGGCGCGAACUUAA